AUGGACUGCGUCCCUUUCAGCGGCGCACCCCGCUUCCUGACCCGGCCCAAGGCCUUCCUGGUGUCCGUGGGCAAGGAUGCCACGCUGAGCUGCCAGAUCGUGGGCAACCCCGUGCCACAAGUGAGCUGGGAGAAGGACCGGCAACCGGUGGAGGCGGGCGCGCGCUUCCGCCUGGCCCAGGAUGGCGACAUGUACCGCCUCACCAUCCUGGAUCUCACACUCGGCGACAGCGGGCAGUACGUGUGCCGCGCGCGCAACGCCAUCGGCGAGGCCGUCGCCGCUGUCAGCCUGCAGGUGGGCGCCGACACCACGCUCGCCGAGCAGGCGCCACACUUCCUGCUGCGGCCCACGUCGAUCCGCGUGAGCGAGGGCGCCCAUGCCACGUUCCACUGCCGCGUGCAGGGCAGCCCGCAGCCGGCCUUGAGCUGGGCCAAGGACCUGCUGGCGCACCUGCAGCGGCGGCGGGAGGAGAUGCGCGCCGACGGCCCGCGGACGCCCCCGGGCGGCGGCACCCGCACGUGCACCGUGACCGAGGGCAAGCACGCGCGGCUCAGCUGCUACGUGACCGGCGAGCCCAAGCCCGAGACCGUGUGGAAGAAGGACGGGCAGCUGGUGGUGGAGGGCCGGCGGCACAUGGUGUACGAAGACGCGCAGGAGAACUUCGUGCUCAAGAUCCUCUUCUGCAAGCAGGAGGACCGCGGCCUCUACACCUGCACCGCCUCCAACGUGGUGGGCCAGACCUACAGCUCGGUGCUGGUCGUGGUGCGAGAGCCCUCGGUGCCCUUCAAGAAGCGCCUGGAGGACCUGGCCGUGCGGGAGAAGGAGUCGGCCACGUUCCAGUGCGAGGUGCCGCUGCCUGCCACGGAGGCCGCCUGGUACAAGGAGGAGACGAGGCUGGGGGCCAGUGCCAAGUAUGGCAUUGAGGAGGAGGGCACGGAGCGCAGGCUGACCGUGCGCAACGUCACGGCUGAUGACGAUGCUGUCUACAUCUGUGAGAUCACGGAGGGCAGCCGCACGGUGGCCGAGCUCUCUGUCGAAGGCAACCUUACCAGAAGGCUCCCGCGGAAAACAGCGGUACGCACAGGGGACACGGCCAUCUUUUACGUGGAGUUGGCCAGCCCACAGGGCCCUGUGCGCUGGCUGCGGAACCAGGAGGAGGUGGUGGCCGGGGGUCGAGUGACCGUCACUGCUGAUGGCACACGCCACACACUGACCAUCUCCCAGUGCAGCCUGGAGGAUGCCGGCGAGGUGGCCUUCACGGCUGGGGACUGCCGGACAUCCACCAAGUUCUGCGUGGCGGCCCCCAGGAAGCCGCCCAUGUGCCCCCCUUCUGACCUCGUGGUGAAGGCCAAGACAGAGAGUUCUGUGACCCUCAGCUGGUCCCCACCGCACCUCGAGGACCGCCUUGUCACCAUUGACGGAUACCUGGUGGAGAAGAGGAGACUUGGCGCCUACGCCUGGAGCCGAUGCCAUGAGGCUGAGUGGGUGUCCCCGACUGAGCUGACUGUGGCUGGUGUGACAGAGGAGGGGGACUUCCAGUUCCGGGUGUCGGCUGUGAACAGCUUUGGCCAGAGUCCUGCCCUUGAGUUCCCGGGGACAGUCCACCUGGCCCCCCAGCUGGCUGUGAAGACGCCCCUGAAGGUGGUGGAGGCUGUGGAGGGUGGAGAGGUGACCUUCUCUGUGGACCUCACGGUGGUCUCGACGGGUGAGUGGUUCCUGGACGGGCAGGCCCUGAAGGCCAGCGGCACGUACGUGAUCUGCUGUGACCGCACCCACCACACACUCACCAUCCGCAGCGUGCCCGCCAGUCUGCACAGCGCCGAGCUCAAGUUUGUGGCCAACGGCAUCGAGAGCAGCAUCCGCAUGGUGGUCCGAGGUAGGGCCCCAGGGCUGAUUGGCGACAAGCCGCCUGUGGCAGCGGCCCAGAAGGUGUGGGCCCGGCUGCACGAGGAGGCACAGCUGCUGGCUGAGCUGUCGGACCAGGCGGCGGCUGUGACGUGGCUGAAGGACGGCCGUGCACUACCGCCAGGCCCCAAGUACGAAGUGCAGGCAUCGGCCGGGCAGCGGGUCCUGCUGGUGCGGGAUGUGGCUCGAGAUGACGCUGGCCUAUACGAGUGUCUCAGCCGGGGGGACCGCAUUGCCUACCAGCUCUCUGUGCAAGGCCUCACCAGCUUUCUGUGCAAGGACCCGGCGGGUGGCCGUGUAGAGGUGGUGGCCGGCAGCCAGGCACAGUUCGAGUGUGAGACCUCCGAGGCCCACGUGAACGUGCGCUGGUACAAGGAUGGUGUCGAGCUUAGUGGCUCCUCCCAGCACUUCUCACGGGAGGACGUGGGGAUGCGGCACCGCCUGGUGGCAACCGCGGUCACCAGGCAGGAUGAAGGCACCUACAUCUGCCGUGCAGGCGAGGACUCUGUGGAUUUCCAGCUCCGGGUCACUGAGCCCACGGCGGUGUUUGCCAAGGAGCAGCCAGCUCGGAGCGAGGUGCAGGCCGAGGCGGGGGCCAGCGCCACGCUGAGCUGCGAGGUGGCCCAGGCCCAGACGGAGGUGGCGUGGUACAAGGACGGGAAGAAGCUGAGUGCGAGCGCGAGGGUGCGCAUGGAGGCCACAGGCCGUGGGCGGCGGCUGGUGGUGCAGCAGGCGGGCAAGGCGGACGCCGGGGAGUACAGCUGUGAAGCCGGGGGCCAGAAGGUCUCCUUCCGCCUGGACGUCACAGAGCCCACGGCAGUGUUUGCCAAGGAGCAACGAGCGAAGAGCGAGGUGCGGGCCGAGGCGGGGGCCAGCGCCACGCUGAGCUGCGAGGUGGCCCAGGCCCAGACGGAGGUGGCGUGGUACAAGGACGGGAAGAAGCUGAGUGCGAGCUCGAGGGUGCGCAUGGAGGCCACGGGCCGUGGGCGGCGGCUGGUGGUGCAGCAGGCGGGCAAGGCGGACGCCGGGGAGUACAGCUGUGAGGCCGGGGGCCAGAAGGUCUCCUUCCACCUGGACGUCACAGGGUCCAUCUAUCGUGGCCCUGAUGAGAAUGUCAUUGGUGAUAGCCGGUCUCUGACCGCGUCUCCCUCCCUGUCCCCAGAGCCCGCGGCGGUAUUUGCCAAGGAGCAGCCAGCUCGGAGCGAGGUGCAGGCCGAGGCGGGGGCCAGCGCCACACUGAGCUGCGAGGUGGCCCAGGCCCAGACGGAGGUGGCGUGGUACAAGGACGGGAAGAAGCUGAGUGCGAGCGCGAGGGUGCGCGUGGAGGCCACGGGCCGUGGGCGGCGGCUGGUGGUGCAGCAGGCGGGCAAGGCGGACGCCGGGGAGUACAGCUGUGAGGCCGGGGGCCAGAAGGUCUCCUUCCGCCUGGACGUCACAGAGCCCAAGGUGGUGUUUGCCAAGGAGCAGCCAGCUCAGAGCAAGGUGCGGGCUGAGGCGGGGACCAGCGCCACGCUGAGCUGCGAGGUGGCCCAGCCCCAGACGGAGGUGGCAUGGUACAAGGACGGGAAGAAGCUGAGUGCGAGCGCGAGGGUGCGCGUGGAGGCCACGGGCCGUGGGCGGCGGCUGGUGGUGCAGCAGGCGGGCAAGGCGGACGCCGGGGAGUACAGCUGUGAGGCCGGGGACCAGAAGGUCUCCUUCCGCCUGGAUGUCACAGUGGUGGUGCAGCAGGCGGGCAAGGCGGACGCCGGGGAGUACAGCUGUGAGGCCGGGGGCCAGAAGGUCUCCUUCCGCCUGGACGUCACAGAGCCCACAGUGGUGUUUGCCAAGGAGCAGCCAGCUUGGAGCGAGGUGCAGACCAAGGCGGGGGCCAGCGCCACGCUGAGCUGCGAGGUGGCCCAGGCCCAGACGGAGGGGGCGGGGGACAAGGACGGGAAGAAGCUGAGUGCGAGCCCGAGGGUGCGCGUGGAGGCCACGGGCCGUGGGCGGCGGCUGGUGGUGCAGCAGGCGGGCAAGGCGGACGCCGGGGAGUACAGCUGUGAGGCCGGGGGCCAGAAGGUCUCCUUCCGCCUGGACGUCACAGAGCCCACGGCAGUGUUUGCCAAGGAGCAGCCAGCUCGGAGCGAGGUGCAGGCCAAGGCGGGGGCCAGCGCCACGCUGAGCUGCGAGGUGGCCCAGGCCCAGACGGAGGUGGCGUGGUACAAGGACGGGAAGAAGCUGAGUAUCACUCUGCCCUACAAGUGUGGGCUCACACCUCUCAGCCUUGCUCCGCUGGCCUUCCUGCUCACCCUGCCCUCACCGUGCUCCCUGCGGCCGUCCUGCAGUGCAGGCCUGACCCACGGGUGGGAGCCGGAGCCUGAGCCUGGAGCCCUGGAGAGACCUGGCCGCAGGGAGCCUCUGGUGGUCAAGGAACACGAGGACAUCAUCCUGACGGCGGUGUUGGCUGUGCCCUCUGUGGCCGCUGCGGCGUGGUUCAGAGACGGCGUGGAGAUUCGCCACAGCAAGCGGCAUGAGACCGUCAGCCUGGCAGACACCCACACCCUGACGGUGCAUGGCGCCCAGACCCCAGACAGUGCCAUAUACAGCUGCCGCGUGGGCGACCAGCGGCAGGACUUCCCUGUCCAGGUGGAAGAGGUGGGCGCCCGGUUCUCCCGGGCCCUGGAGCCGGUCAGCGGGGAGUUGGGCGGCAAGGUGGUGCUGGCCUGUGAGCUGAGCCCGGAGCAGGCCCAGGUGGUGUGGCGUUGCGGCAGCACCCAGCUGCGGCCUGGGAAGCGCUUCCAGAUGGAGGCCGUGGGGCCGCUGCGCACCCUCACCGUCACCGGCCUGCGGGCGGAGGAUGCGGGCGAGUACGUGUGCGAGAGCCGUGACGACAGCACCCGCGCCUGUCUCUCGGUCCACGUUCCCCGCGUGGUGAAGUUCACGUCUGGACUGAGCGCAAUUGUGGCGGAGGAGGGUCGGGAGGCCACCUUCCAGUGCGUGGUGUCUCCCAGCGAUGCUGCGGUCACGUGGUACCGGGAGAGCACCCUGGUGCAGCCCAGCGAGAAGUUUCUUAUAUCACAGAGGGGCGCUAACCAUAGCCUGACCAUCUCUGGCCUGACCCUGGAGGACUCGGGCCAGAUCACUGCGGAGGCCGAGGGUGUGACCUCCGUGGCAGCCCUCAGGGUCCGAGAGGCCCCUGUGCUGUUCGUAAAGAAGCUGGAGCCGCAGACGGCGGAGGAACGGAGCUCAGUGACGAUGGAGGUGGAGUUGUCGCGGCCAUGGCCGGCUGUCAAGUGGACGCGGAACGCGGCUGCCCUGGUACCUGGUGAGAACGUGCAGAUCCACGCUGAGGGCACUCGCCACUGCCUGGUCCUGCACAAUGUUGGCUUCUCCGACCGCGGCUUCUUUGGCUGUGAGACACCCAAUGACAAGACACAGGCCAAGCUCAAUGUGGAGAUGCGCCAGGUCCGCCUUGUGCGUGGCCUGCAGACGGUGGAGGCCCAGGAGCAGAGCAAGGCAGCCCUGAAGGUGGAGCUGUCACAUGCAGAUGUGGAGGGCACCUGGACUCGAGAUGGGCUUCGGCUCCAGCCGGGGCCCUCGUGCAGCCUGGCUGUGAGCGGCCCCAUCCACACGCUCAUGCUCUCUGGGCUGCGGCCGGAAGACAGCGGCCUCAUCGCCUUUAGGGCCGAGGGUGUGCACACAUCAGCGAGGCUCCUUGUCACUGAGCUGCCUGUGAGGUUCAGCCACCCGCUGCAGGAUGUGGUGGCCACGGAGAAGGAGAAGGUGAUCCUGGAGUGUGAGCUGUCACGUCCCAACGUCGAUGUGCGCUGGCUGAAGGAUGGUGUGGAGCUGCAGGCGGGCAAGAGGGUGGGCAUCACGGCCCAGGGAGCCUGUAGGAGCCUCAUCAUCUUCCGCUGUGAGCCUGGGGACCAGGGCAUCUACGUGUGUGAUGCCCACGAUGCUCAGAGCUCUGCCUCCCUGAAGGUGCAAGGAAGAACAUACACUCUGAUCUUCCGGAGAGUCCUGGCGGAACAUGCGGGUGAAAUCAGACUUGUGGCCGGAAACGCAGAGUCGCGAGCCCAGCUCCGUGUGAAAGAGCUGCCUGUCUCCAUUCUGCGCCCGCUGAGGGACAAGAUCGCUAUGGAGCGGCGUCGGGGCGUGCUGGAGUGCCAGGUGUCGCGGGCCAGUGCCGAGGUGCGCUGGUUCAAGGGCAGCAUGGAGCUGGAGCCCGGGCCCAAGCAUGAGAUGGUCAGUGAUGGGCUGUACCGCAAGCUGAUCAUCACCAACGUCCAGCCAGAGGACGAGGACACCUACACGUGUGAUGCCGGCGACGUCAGGACCACCGCCCAGUUCUUUGUGGAAGGUGUGGGGCUGGGCUGGGCAGGAGCUAGACUGUGGUGGUUGCUUCUUGUGCUGGCGUUUCUGAACCCACCCGCAGAGGGGUGAUGAGUGUCUUGGCAGCCGGUGGGGACGGGUGUGUGUGGGGGUUCGCUCCUGGGACAGAGCCCUGGAGGAGAAGGCGGGCUGAGCUCCGCGGGCCCUGGCUGGGUGUGUCCUGCCCGACCCCGUCCCCUAACCCAACGUCUUCACCCAGAGUUGCAUCCUGACCUCAUAGAUGUCCCCGUGGUACUGACGCGGCCACUGGAGCCCAAGACCGGGCGGGAGCUGCAGUCGGUGGUGCUGUCCUGUGACUUCCGGCCACCCCCAAAGGCUGUGCAAUGGUAUAAGGACAACGUGCCCCUGAUGCCCUCCGACAAGUUCAAGACGACACUCGAGGGCCACAUGGCAGAACUGCGCGUCCUGCGGCUCACGCCUGACGAUGCUGGCGUUUACGUGUGUCAGGCGGGCAGUGCACAGAGCAGCGCCAUGGUCACUGUGGAGGCACGGGAGGUGACCAUGACACAGCCCCUGCAGGACAUGGAGGCCACGGAGGAGGACCAUGCCUGCUUCUCGUGUGAGCUAUCUCACGAGGACGAGGAGGUGGAGUGGUCGCUCAACGGGACCCCCCUGUACAACGACAGCUUCCACGAGAUCACCCACGAGGGCCACCGCCACACGCUGGUGCUGAAGCGCGUCCGCCGGGAAGACACGGGCACUGUGCGUCUCGCCUCCGCCCGGGUCACCGCCUCUGCCCACCUGGAGGUCAGAGCGAAGCCGGUGGUCUUCCUGAAGGCCCUGGAUGACGUGUCAGUAGAGGAACAGGGCACGCUGGCCCUGCGGUGUGAGGUCUCGGACCCCGAAGCCCACGUAGUGUGGCUCAAGGAUGGUGUGGAGCUGGGCCUCGGCGACAAGUAUGAGUUCCUGCACACGGGGGCCACACGGGGGCUCGUGGUGCGUGGCCUGAGCCACGAUGACGCCGGCCUGUACACCUGCUGUGUGGGCCCCGAGCAGACCCGUGCUCGGGUCAGCGUGCAUGACCUGCACUUGGGCAUCACGAAGAGGCUGAAGACGGCGGAGGUGCUGGAGGGUGAGAGCUGCAGCUUUGAGUGCAUCCUGUCCCAUGAGAGCGCCAGCGAGCCAGCUGUCUGGACCGUCGGUGGGAAGACGGUGGGCAACUCUGGCCACUUCCGGGCCGGGCGCCAGGGCCGCAAGUACACCCUAGCUGUUCGGGAUGCCGUGAUGAGCGAUGCAGGAGAGGUGGUGUUCUCUGUGGCGGGCCUCACCUCCAAGGCCUCGCUGGUCGUCAAAGAGAGGCCAGUGGGCAUCACAAAGGCCCUGGAGGACCAGCAGGCGACACCAGGGGAGGACGUGGUGCUGAGCUGUGAGCUGUCCCGGGCAGGCGCCCCAGUGCGCUGGCUGAAGGACGGCAAGGCCAUCCGCAAGAGUCAGAAGUACGACGUGCGCAGCGAGGGCACUCGGGCCCUGCUGGUCAUCCACACGGCCACACUCCACGACUCGGGCGAGUACGCAUGUGAGACGGAGGCCUCCAGGAGCACGGCCAGCCUCCACGUGGAAGAAAGGGCAAACCGCUUUACCAAGGAGCUGGCUGACGUGCAGGCUGAAGAGAAGGGCUCGGCAGUGUUUGAGUGCGAGACGGAGCGUCCCGCGACCUUAGUGACCUGGCGCAGGGGCCUGGUGGAGCUGCGUGCCUCGGCCAAGCAUGCGCCCAGCCAGGACGGCCUGGCCUUGAGGCUCACCAUCAGUGCCCUGGAGCGGACAGACAGCGACACCUACGUCUGCGACAUCGGCCAGGCCCAAUCCCAGGCCCGGCUCCUGGUGCAAGGCCAGAGGGUGCGCAUCAUUGAAGACCUGGAGGACGUGGAUGUGCAGGAGGGCUCCUCAGCCACCUUCCGCUGCCGUAUCUCCCCUGCCGACUAUGAGCCUGUCCACUGGUUCUUGGACAAAACCCCCCUGCAUGCCAACGAGCUCAACGAGAUUGAGGUCCAGCCCGGGGGCUACCACGUGCUGACCCUACGGCAGCUCGCGCUCAAGGACUCGGGCACUGUCCAUUUUGAGGCAGGUGAUCAGCGGGCCUCGGCUACACUGCGGAUCACAGAGAAGCCGAGCAUGUUCUCUCGGGAGCUCACUGACACCACAGUCCUUGAGGGGGACGACCUGACUCUCGUUUGUGAGACCACCACGCCCGACAGCUCUGUGAGCUGGACCAAGGAUGGGAAGACCCUUUGGCCCUCGGCCCGGUGCCAGCUGAGUUAUGAGGGCUGCCAGGCCCGGCUGGUCAUCACGGACACCACCCUGCAGGACGGCGGGCACUACAAGUGCGAGGCGGGGGGUGCCCGGAGCCGCUCUGUUGUCAGGGUCCAUGCACGGCCAGUGCGGUUCCAGGAAAGGCUGAAGGAUGUGGAGGUGCUGGAGGGUGGCGCUGUGACGCUGCGCUGCGUGCUGUCCACUGUGGCUGCACCUGUACAGUGGCGCUACGGGGACCAGGUCCUGCGGCCGAGCGGCAAGUAUGGCCUGCGGCAGGAGGGAACCGUGCUGGAGCUGGUGGUACGCGACCUGCAGCCCCAGGACAGCGGGCAGUACUCGUGCUCCUUCGAGGACCACACGACCGUGGCCAAGCUCACCGUGAAGGCCCUGCCCGCCCAGUUCACAGGAAAACUGAGAAGCAAGAAGGCCACGGAAGGGGCCACGGCCACACUGCGGUGUGAGCUGAGCAAGGCGGCGCCUGUGCAGUGGAGGAAGGGCGCUGAGAUCCUCAGCACUGGAGGAAGAUACAGCCUGAGGCAGAACGGGGCCGUGUGUGAGCUGGAGAUCCGUGGCCUGGCUGUGGCGGAUGCUGGGGAGUACUUGUGUGUGUGUGGGCAGGAGAGGACCUCAGCCACGCUGACCGUGGAGGCCCAGCCUGCCCAGUUCAUAGGAAGACUAAGAAGCAAAGAGGCCACAGAAGGGGACACGGCCACGCUGUGGUGUGAGCUGAGCAAGGCGGCGCCCGUGCAGUGGAGGAAGGGCCCUGAGACCCUCAGCACCGGGGACAAAUACAGCCUGAAGCAGGAUGGGGCUGUGUGUGAGCUGGAGAUCCGUGACCUGGCUGUGGGGGAUGCCGGGGAGUACUCAUGUGUGUGUGGGCAGGAGAGGACCUCAGCCACGCUAACCGUGAGGGCCCUGCCAGCCAGAUUCAUACAAGGUCUGAAGAGUGAGGAAGCCACAGAAGGGGCCACAACCACAAUGCGGUGUGAGCUGAGCAAGGUGGCCCUUGUGCAGUGGAGGAAGGGCUCCGAGACCCUCAGUGCUGGGGACAGAUACAGCCUGAGGCAAGACGGGGCUGUGUGUGAGCUGGAGAUCCGUGGCCUGGCUGUGGCAGAUGCUGGGGAGUACUCGUGUGUGUGCGGACAGGAGAGGACCUUGGCCUCGCUGACCGUGAGGGCCCUGCCAGCCAGAUUCAUACAAGGUCUGAAGAGUGAGGAGGCCCCAGAAGGGGCCACAGCCACGCUGAGGUGUGAGCUGAGCAAGACGGCCCCUGUGCACUGGAAGAAGGGCUCUGAGACCCUCAGCACUGGGGACAGAUACUGCCUGAGGCAGGAAGGGGUCAAAUGUGAGCUGGAGAUCCGUGACCUGGCCAUGACCGAUGCUGGGGCGUAUUUGUGUGUGUGCGGGCAGGAGAGGACCUCGGCAGCGCUCACUGUGAAGGCCCUGCCACCCAAAUUCAUACAAGGUCUGAAGAGUGAGGAGGCCACAGAAGGGGCCACGGCCACACUGCGGUGUGAGCUGAGCAAGACAGCCUCUGUGCAGUGGAAGAAGGGUUCUGAGACCCUGAGCACUGGGGACAGAUACUGCCUGAGGCAAGACGGGGCCAAAUGUGAGCUGGAGAUCCAUGACCUGGUUGUGACCGAUGCUGGGGAGUAUUUGUGUGCGUGCGGGCAGGAGAGGACCUCGGCAAUGCUCACUGUGAAGGCCCUGCCAGCCAGAUUCAUACAAGGUCUGAAGAGUGAGGAGGCCAUGGAAGGGGCCACGGCCAGACUGCAGUGUAAGCUGAGCAAGACAGCCCCUGUGCAGUGGAAGAAGGGCUCUGAGACCCUCAGUGCUGGGGACAGAUACUGCCUGAGGCAGGACGGGGCCAAAUGUGAGCUGGAGAUCCGUGACCUGGCUGUGGCAGAUGCUGGGGAGUAUAUGUGUGUGUGCGGGCAGGAGAGGACCUCAGCCACACUCACCGUGAAGGCCCUGCCAGCCAGUUUCAUACAAGGCCUGAAGAGUCAGGAGGCCACAGAAGGGGCUACAGCCACGCUGAAGUGUGAGCUGAGCAAGAUGGCCCCCGUGCAGUGGAAGAAGGGCUCUGAGACCCUCAGCACUGGUGACAAAUACAACGUGAGGCAGGAGAGGACCAACUGUGAGCUGGAGAUCCAUGGCCUGGCCGUGGCAGAUGCUGGGGAGUAUAUGUGUGUGUGUGGGCAGGAGAGGACCUCAGCCACACUCACCGUGAAGGCCCAGCAGGUGGUGUUCAGAACCCAGCUGCAGAGCCUGCAGGCCGAGGAGGGCUCCACAGCCAGCCUCGGGUGUGAGCUGUCUGCACCGGACACCACUGUGAUCUGGAGCAAGGGUGGGCUGGAGCUGCAGGCCAGCGGGCGGCUGGAGCUGCGGAAGCGGGGGCCUGUGGCCGAGCUGCUGCUGCGGGAUGUGCACCGGGAGGAUGCCGGGGAGUACAGCUGCACCUGCGGCUCGCAGAGCACCAGUGCCACCCUCACGGUCACAGCUGUGCCUGUGUCCUUUCUGCGGGAGCUGCAGCCCCAGGAGGUGGACGAGGGUUCGACGGCACGGCUGUGCUGUGAGCUGAGCCAGCCGGGAGCCAGCGUGGAGUGGCGCAAGGGUUCUCUGCAGCUUUUCCCCUGUGCCAAGUACCAGAUGGCGCAGGAGGGCAUGGCCGUCGAGCUUCGAGUCUGCAACGCCGAGCAGGAGGACGCUGGGGACUACACCUGCGACACGGGGCAGCGGCAGAGCACGGCCAGCCUUUUGGUCCGCGCCCCCAGGCCCGAGUUCCAGGCCCGGCUGCAGAGCGUGGAGCAGGAGGUAGGUGGCGUGGCCCGGCUGUGCUGUGAGCUGAGCGAGGACAAGCCGGGGGCCUCGGUGCACUGGCUCAAGGAGGGCAUGGAACUUCAUGGGGGGCCCAAGUACGAGAUGCGGCACCAGGGAACCACGUGCGAGCUGCUGAUCCACGGGCUUGAGGCCAAGGACACCGGCGAGUACGCCUGCGUGGUGGGCGGCCAGAGAACCUUGGCCUCCGUCAAGGUCAAAGAGCCCGAGGUGACCAUUGUGCGGGGGCUGGUGGAUGCUGAGGUGCAGGCUGACGAGGACGUGGAGUUCCGCUGUGAGGUGUCACAGCCUGGGGCCACAGACGUGGAGUGGCGGCUCCAGGGCCUGCCCUUGCGGAGCAAUGAGGUGACUGAGGUGGGCGUGCAGGGCGGCUGCACCCACACGCUGCGGCUGAAGGGCGUCACGCUCGAGGAUGCGGGUAUUGUCUCCUUCCACGUGGGCCUCUGCACCUCCUCCGCCCAGCUCACUGUCCGAGCCCCCGAAGUGGUCAUCCUGGAGCCACUGCAGGACAUGCAGCUCAGCGAGGGCCAGGACGCCCGCUUCUGGUGCCGGCUGUCCAGGGCCCCGGGUCAGCAGGCCUACUGGACUCUGGGCGGGGUGCCCUUGCAGGCCAACGAGAUGAACGACAUCACAGUGCAGGACGGCGUGCUCCAUGCCCUCACCCUGCAUAAGGUAACCCUCGAGGAUGCCGGAACCAUCAGUUUCCAAGUGGGCCAGUGCAGCUCGGAGGCCCAGCUGAAGGUCACAGCCAAAAACACCGUGGUGCGAGGCCUGGAGAACGUGGAGGCGCUGGAGGGCGGAGAGGCCCUGUUUGAGUGCCAGCUGUCCCAGCCAGAGGUGGCCGCCCACAGCUGGCUGCUGGACGACGAGCCGGUCCGCACCUCGGAGGACGCAGAGGUGGUCUACUUCGAGAACGGUUUGCGACACUUGCUCCUGCUCAAAAACCUGCGGGUGCAGGACAGCUGCCGAGUGACCUUCCUGGUUGGGGACGUGGUGACCUCGGCGUUCCUCACAGUCAGAGGCUGGCGCCUUCAGCUCCUGGAGCCCCCACAGGAUGUGACAGUGCGGGCCGGCGGGCAGGCCACCUUCCACUGCACGCUCAGCGAGGCGGUGCCUGUGGGCGAGGCUUCCUGGUACAUCAACGGUGCCACCGUCCUGCCGGAGGACACCGACUGGACAGUCACCACCGACGGCAGCCACCAUGCCCUGUUGCUGCAAAGCGCCCAGCCCCACCACGCUGGGGAGGUCACCUUCGCUGCUCGCGACGCGGUCGCCUCUGCCCGACUCACCGUGCUGGGCCUCCCCGACCCUCCCGAGGACGCGGAAGUCGUAGGCCGGAGCGGCCACUCUGUGACCCUGUCCUGGGUGGCCCCAGCCAGUGACGGUGGCGGUGGCCUCUGUGGCUAUCGGGUAGAGAUGAAGUCAGCAGCCAUGGGAGAGUGGCAGCUGUGCCACGAGCUGGUGCCAGGGCCCGAAUGUGUGGUGGACGGCCUGGCCCCUGGGGAGACAUACCGCUUCCGUGUUGCGGCCGUGGGCCCUGCGGGUGCCGGGGAGCCUGUCCACCUGCCCCAGAUGGUGAAGCUCGAGCCCCUGGAGCCCGCGCCUGCACCCCUGCCUUCCGUGAGCCGGGAAGUGGCAGCUGGCGAGGACGUGCAUCUGGAGUGCGAGGUGACGGCUGAGGUUGGCGAGGUCGCCUGGCAGAAAGGGACAGAGUACAUCCAGCCCGGUGGCCGCUGUGAGGUCAUCACCCAGGGCCGGCGGCAGACACUGGUCAUCAGAGGUUUCACGCUGGAGGACCAGGGCGAGUACCGCUGCGUUCCAGCCCGCGACCAGGCCCCCAUGGCUGCUGCCACCUUCCAGGUGAGGCUGACCCCAGGCUCAGAGGGCGAGGCCCCCGUGCAGCCCAGCCUCCCUCCCGAGGCGGCCCAGGAGGGCGACCUGCACCUGUUGUGGGAGGCCCUGGCCCGGAAGCGUCGCAUGAGCCGUGAGCCCACGCUGGACUCCAUCAGCGAGCUGCCGGAGGAGGACGGGCGCCAGCAGCGCCUGCGGCAGGAGGCGGAGGAGGCAGCCCCCGACCUCUCCGAGGACUACUCCACAGCCGAUGAGCUGGCGCGCACUGGCGAGGCUGACCUCUCACACACCAGCUCGGACGAUGAGUCUCGGGCAGGAACCCCUUCCCUGAUUUCCUACCUCAAGAAGGCCGGGCGGUCUGGGGCCCCGACUCCUGCCAGCAAGGUCGUGGCCCCACCAGCCCCCUCUGGGGAGCCACAGAAGCUGCAGGAGCCACCGACCGCAGCACACCCACCACCAGGUGACCUGAGGGCUGAGGACUUGGGCGAGCCAUCCAUGGACGAGGCGGCCGUGAAGAUCCAGGCGGCCUUUAAGGGCUACAAGGUCCGGAAGGAGAUGAAGCAGCAGGAAGGGCCUGUGUUCAGCCGCACCUUUGGGGACACGGAGGCCCAGGUGGGAGACGUCCUGCGCCUGGAGUGUGUGGUGACCAGCAAGGCGGACGUGCAGGCCCACUGGCUGAGGGACGGCGUGGAGCUGGUGGAUGGGCGGCACCACCACAUCGACCAGCUCAGUGACGGCACCUGCUCUCUGCUGGUCACGGGCCUGGGCCGUGCGGAUGCCGGCCGCUAUACCUGUCAAGUGAGCAACAAGUUCGGUCAUGCAGUCCACAGCGCCUGCGUGGUGGUCAGCAGGACGGAGAGCGAGACCGAGAGCUCGUCGGGGGGUGAGCUGGAUGACGCCUUCCGCCGGGCCGCCCGGCGGCUGCACCGACUCUUCCGCACCAAGGGCCCAGCUGAGGUCUCAGAUGAGGAGCUCUUCUUCAGUACGGAGGAGGGCAGCGUGGAGCCAGAGGAGCCCGGAGACUGGCAGACGUACCACGAGGAUGAGCACUUUGUCUGCAUCCGAUUCGAGGCCCUUGCUGAGGCCCGUCAGGCUGCCUCCCGCUUCCAGGAGAUGUUUGCCACCAUGGGGAUCGGGGUGGAGAUCAACCUCGUGGAGCAAGGGCCCCGUGGGGUAGAGGUGCACAUCGGCAAGGUGGCCCCCACGGCGGCUCCGGGGCCAGUGCCCAGCCUGCUGACCUCAGACACGGCCCCGGUGUUCCUGACUGAGCUCCAGAACCAAGAGGUGCAGGAUGGUUAUCCCGUGAGCUUCGACUGCGUGGUGACGGGCCAGCCGGUGCCCAGCGUGCACUGGUUCAAGGACGGGAAGGUGCUGGAAGAGGAUGACCACUACAUGAUCAAUGACGACCAGCAGGGCGGCCACCAGCUCAUCAUCAUGGCCGUGGUGCCAGCAGACACGGGUGUCUACCGCUGCCUGGCUGAGAACAGCCUGGGCGUCUCCUCCACCAAAGCUGAGCUCCGCGUGGACCUGACAAGCACGGACUAUGAAACUGCGGCUGAUGCCACAGAGACCUCAUCCUACUUCAGUGCUCAAGGCUACGUGUCCAGCCGGGAACAAGAGGGCACGGAGUCGACUGCAGAGGAGGGGCAGCUGCCCCAGGUGGUGGAGGAGCUGAGAGACCUUCAGGUGGCCCCAGGCACACGCCUGGCCAAAUUCCACCUCAAGGUGAAAGGCUACCCAACACCUCACCUGUACUGGUUCAAGGACGGGCAGCCCCUGUCCACAUCCGCCCGCAUCCGCAUGACCGACAAGAAGACAGUACACACCCUGGAGAUCCUCUCGGUCACCAGGGAGGACGCCGGCCAGUACUCAGCCUACAUCAGCAAUGCCGUUGGGGCAGCCUACUCGUCUGCCCGGCUCCUGGUGCGAGGCCUGGAUGAACCAGAAGAGAAGCCAGUGUCGGAUGUGCAGGAGCAGCUGGUGCCACCCCGAAUACUGGAGAGGUUCACCCCCAAAAAGGUGAAGAAGGGCUCCAGCAUCACCUUCUCAGUGAAGGUGGAAGGCUGCCCAGCCCCAGCCGUGCACUGGCUGCGGGAAGAGGCCGCUCAGGGCGUGCUGUGGAUCGGGCCCGACACGCCGGGCUGCACGGUGGCCAGCUCUGGGCAGCAGCACAGCCUGGUCCUGCUAGAUGUGGGCCAGCAGCACCAGGGCACCUACACCUGCAUUGCCACCAACGCCGCGGGCCAGGCGCUCUGCUCUGCCAGCCUGCACGUCUCUGGCCUGCCCAAGGAAUCCGGGGCGGUGGAGCAGCAGGGGGGUGCGAAGGAGGCACUCAUCUCCACCUUCCUGCAGGGGACAGAAGCCGUCUCCACCCAGCUGUCGGAGUCCGUGGGAUUCAGCGACCUGGCAGGGCAGAGGAAAGGGGAACCGUCUGCAGCAGAGCAGGCUCGCGGCCACCUGUCCCUCGCCGAGGUCGGUACUGAGGAGUUCCUUGAGAAGCUCACCUCCCAGAUCACGGAGAUGGUGUCAGCCAAAAUCACCCGGGCCCGCCUGCAGGUGCCCGGAGGUGACAGUGACGAGGAGUCCAAGACUCCCUCCCCGUCACCCCGGCACGGCCGCUCACGGCCCUCCUCCAGUGUCCAGGAGUCCUCCUCGGAGUCGGAGGAUGGUGACCCCCGUGGUGAGAUCUUUGACAUCUAUGUGGUCACGGCCGACUACCUUCCACUGGGGGCAGAGCAGGACGCCAUCACGCUGAGGGAGGGCCAGUAUGUGGAGGUCCUGGACUCCGCACACCCACUGCGCUGGCUUGUGCGCACCAAGCCCACCAAGUCCAGCCCCUCACGGCAAGGCUGGGUGUCGCCCGCCUACCUGGACAGGAGGCUCAAGCUCUCGCCCGAGUUGGGGACUGCCGAGGCUCCUGAGUUCCCUGGGGAGGUCAUGUCUGAGGACGAAUACAAGAUGAGGCUGAGUUCCGUCAUCCAGGACCUGCUGAGCUCGGAGCAGACCUUUGUCAGCAUGCUGCAGUUCCUGCAGGCCCACCACAUGCAGCACCUGGAGCGCUGUCCCCACGCGCCCGCCGCCGUGGCCAGCCAGAAGGCGGUCAUCUUCCGCAACGUGCAGGACAUCGGCCACUUCCACAGCAGCUUCCUGAAGGAGCUGCAGAAGUGUGACAGUGAUGAUGACGUGGCCAUGUGCUUCAUCAAGAACAAGGCAGCCUUUGCGAAGUACCUGGAGUUCCUGGUGGGCCGUGUGCAGGCCGAGUCGGUGGUUGUCAGCACGGCUGUCCAGGAGUUCUACAAGAAAUACGCUGAGGAGGUGCUGUGUGCGGCAGACCCCUCGCAGCCCCCGCCUCCGCCGCUGCAGCAUUACCUGGAGCAGCCCACCGAGCGGAUCCAGCAGUACCAGACCAUCCUCAAGGACCUGAUCCGUAACAAGGCGAGGAACGGGCAGAACUGCGCGCUGCUGGAACAGGCCUACGCCAUGGUGUCGGCCCUGCCCCAGCGCGCCGAGAACAAGCUGCACGUGUCACUCAUAGAGAACUACCCGGGCACCCUGGAGGCCCUGGGCGAGCCCAUGCGGCAGGGCCACUUCAUUGUGUGGGAAGGGGCGCCCGGUGCCCGGAUGCCCUGGAAAGGGCACAACCGCCAUGUCUUCCUCUUCCCCAACCACCUGGUGAUCUGUAAGCCCAAGCGGGACUCGAGGACCGACACCUUCAGCUAUGUCUUCAGGAAUAUGAUGAAGCUGAGCAGCAUCGACCUGAACGACCAGGUGGAGGGUGACGAUCGUGCUUUCGAGGUGUGGCACGAGCGAGAGGACUCGGUACGCAAGUACCUGCUGCAGGCACGCACGGUCAUCAUCAAGAACUCGUGGGUGAAGGAGAUCUGCAGCAUCCAGCAGCGCCUGGCCCUGCCCGUCUGGCGUCCCCCGGAUUUCGAAGAGGAGCUGGCAGACUGCACAGCUGAGCUGGGGGAGACAGUCAAGCUGGCCUGCCUUGUGACAGGCACGCCCAAGCCCAUCGUCAGCUGGUACAAAGAUGGGAAGCCGGUGGAGGUGGACCCUCACCACAUCCUCAUUGAAGACCCUGAUGGCUCAUGCUCCCUCAUCUUGGACAACCUUACCGGCAUGGACUCGGGCCAGUACAUGUGCUUCGCGGCAAGUGCUGCUGGCAAUGCCAGCACCCUGGGAAAGAUCCUGGUGCAAGUCCCCCCACGGUUUGUGAACAAAGUCCGCGCUGCCCCCUUUGUCGAAGGAGAAGACGCCCAGUUCACCUGCACCAUCGAAGGUGCCCCGUAUCCUCAGAUCAGAGAGGAGACCAUCACCACCGUGGUGAAGAGCCCCCGUGGCCGACGACGGUCCCCCAGCAAGUCUCCUUCCCGAUCGCCUUCCCGCCGCCCUGCCAGCCCACCACGGCUGGUGGCGUUGACCCCUGACCUGCGGUACUCAUCAGGGGCCGGCCAGCCCCCCAGGCCUGAGGUGGAGCUGGGUCAGAAGUGCACGGUCCCAACACUGUAUGUGACAGAGGUUGAGGCCCCUUCUCCGGCCCCGCCUGGUGGUCCUGAGCCUCAGCCCAAGUGGGUGGAGAUUGAGGAGACCAUAGAGGUGCGUGUGAAAAAGACAGGCGCCCAGGGCACAGCUCCAGCCAGAGAGGCAUCUGGCAAUGUGGCAGGGCUGGUCUUCACGCUGUCUGGCCUGGCACCCAGCGGGGACCCCAACACCAACAAUUGCAACAACAAGCUGCUGGCCCAGGAGCCGCAGGCCCAGGGCGGAGCCGAGGGGCCGUGGCCGAGGCCAGGGUCCCCACCGCUGGUCUGCAUUGGCGAGCCCUUUGUCUUCUGUGUGGAUGCCGGGGGCAAUGUGGACUGGACCGCUCCUGGCACAGGCAGCCCCGAGCCAGAGCCCGAGAUCCCCUCUGAGCUGCCCCCUCCCUGGGGGCCGUGGCCGAGGCCAGGGUCCCCACCGCUGGUCUGCAUUGGCGAGCCCUUUGUCUUCUGUGUGGAUGCCGGGGGCAAUGUGGACUGGACCGCUCCUGGCACAGGCAGCCCCGAGCCAGAGCCCGAGAUCCCCUCUGAGCUGCCCCCUCCCUGGGCUGCUGAAGAGAGGCCAGAGGUGCCCUUUGAGGGCGAGAGCGUGGUGGAGGAGGAAGAGGAAGGAGAUGCUUGCGUGAUUGAGGAGCCUCAGGACACUGCAGGCCUCUCGGGACGGGACCCCAAGAUUCUCACACACCAUGGCCACCAGCUGACCCUGGCUGACCUUGAAGACUACGUGCCCCGCGAAGGGGAGUCCUUUGGCUGUGGUGGCCCUGUGCCCACCACCUCCGAUGACAGCCCGCCCUGUGAGGUCUCCGUGCUCCAGACCGAGAUCAGUGAGCCCACUGUGGGGCGGCCCGUCCUGCUGGCCGUGGGCCACCCACCUGGUUCCCAGGGCCCACCCAGCUUUUUCAGCCAUGCCCCCCAACCCCGUGCCUCCGAGCUGCCUCUGCUGGGAACCCAGGCCCGCGACCCGGCCGGAGUCUCCUUCUGCGUGCAGGGGGCCCGGCCCGGGAAGACGUCCUUCUGCACCCACGUCCAGCACACUGUGGACAGUGGACAGAGCAGCUUCAAAAUGGAAGUUUCUACCCAGACAGUCAGCGUUGGGACAGUGGGCGAGACGGUCACCCUGCAUAUCCGCCCAGAUGGGGACGAGUCCCCCAACACGGGGACCCCUGGGAGCCGGAAGCAGUGUCCCCAGAGGCACCUGGCAGCCCCCAAGACCAGUGCCGGCCCCCAGCAGGUUUCCAGCCCCGAGGCCGGCCCCAGGGCAGCAGCCUGGGUCUUGGUGUCCCAAGGGAGGCCAGGCACUGCGCUCAAGGGGGACGGAGGCUGCAGCUGGGCUAAUAAGGCUUCUUCCACAGAUGCUGCUGUCCCAGCCCCAGCUGCCCUGGAGGACUCUGUCUGCCUGGAGGACCCUAUCUGCCCAGAGGACUCUAUCCAGCUAAAGGACUCUGUCCGCCCGGAGGACUCCAUCCAUCCAGAGGACUCUGUCCGCCCGAAGGACUCUGUCCAAACACCCCUGGAGCAAGCCGACCGGGAGAUCCAGUCGGCCCUUCGGAGAGUGGAAGACCCUGAGGCUCCAGGCCCUUCUUUAGGGGACCACGGUCCUGGCAGCCCCCUGCUCACAGGCCUCACACCUGGCGGGGAGCCUGCACUACAGGAGGCCGGCCUGUCACCCCCAGGCACGGGAGCCACAGAUGCAUCCGCGGGGCCCCCAGGGGUGGCGCAGCCCCUCCCUGGUGCAGGCCUGGAGCAGGAGACGGCAGCAGGUGCCAGGGCCCAGGAACGGACUGUCCCCAUUCGGAUAGAGGGUGCGGCCUGGCCCGGGGCAGGGACAGCAGAGUCGCUCUGGGACGCCCACAGCCACAUGUUCAUGGAGACCACCUACAGGAGCUACGUGUACCAGGCCAGCGACACUGCUGUCACAAGGCCCCCGUCCAUGCAGGUCACCAUCGAAGACAUGCAGGCGCCAAGGGGCAGUACAGCUCAGUUUCAGGCUGUCAUUGAAGGCAAUCCCCAGCCCACGGUGGCCUGGUACAAGGACAGUGCUCGGCUGGAGGACAGCGCCCGGCUCAGCCAGCAGCAGGACGGGACCACGUAUUCCCUGGUGCUGCGAGACGUGGACCAGCACGAUGCUGGCGUCUACACCUGCCUGGCCCACAAUGCCGGCGGCGAGGUGCUGUGCAAGGCAGAGCUGCUGAUCCUUGGGGGAGAAAGCGAGCCGGAAUCGGAAUCGGAGAGGCAAAGCAGCCGAAGGAAACUGCACUCUUUCUAUGAGGUCCACGAGGAGAUUGGCAGGGGUGUGUUCGGCUUCGUGAAGAGAGUGCAACACAAGGGAAACAAGAUGUCCUGUGCCGCCAAGUUCAUCUCCCUGCGGAGCAAGAUGCGGGCCAAGGCCUACCACGAGCGGGACAUCCUCGCCACACUUAGCCACCCGCUCAUCACCAAGCUGCUGGACCAGUUCGAGACCCAGAAGACCCUAAUCCUCAUCCUGGAGCUGUGUUCAUCAGAGGAGCUGCUGGACCGUCUAUUCAAGAAGAGCGUGAUGACGGAGGCCGAGGUGAAGAUCUACAUCCAGCAGCUGGUGGAGGGGCUGCAGUACCUGCACACCAACGGCAUCCUCCACCUGGACAUAAAGCCCGCCAACAUCUUGAUGGUGCACCCUGCUCGAGAGGACAUCAAAAUCUGCGACUUCGGCUUUGCCCAAAAAAUCACCCCCUCAGAGCCCCAGUACAGCAAGUAUGGCUCCCCGGAGUUUGUGCCCCCUGAGGUCAUCGAGCAGACCCCCGUGAGCGAGGGUUCUGACAUCUGGGCCAUGGGAGUCAUCUCCUACCUCAGCCUGACCUGCUCAUCACCGUUUGCGGGUGAGAGUGACCGUGCCACUCUGCUGAACGUUCGGGAGGGGCGAGUGUCCUGGAGCAGCCCCAUGGCCGCCCACCUCAGUGAGGACGCCAAGGACUUUAUCAAGGCCGCCCUGCAGAGGGCCCCGGAGGCCCGGCCCAGCGCCUCCCAGUGCCUCACCCACCCGUGGUUCCUGACAUCUUUGCCUGCAGAAAAGGCCCAUUUCAUCAACACCAAGCAACUCAAGUUCCUGCUGGCCCGCAGCCGCUGGCAGCGCUCCCUGAUGUGCUACAAGUCCAUCCUGGUGAUGCGCUCCAUCCCGGAGCUGCUCCAGGGCCCAGCCGACAGCCCGUCCCUCGGGGUCUCCCGGCACCUGCUCCAGGACGCCAGCGGCUCCUCCAGUAGCUCUUCCUCAGACAAUGAGAUUGCCCCGUAUGCCCGGGCCAAGUCGCUGCCACCCUCCCCUGUGACCCACUCCCCACUCCUGCACCCCAGGGGCUUCCUGCGGCCCUCCGCCAGCCUGCCAGAGGAGGCCGAGGUCUGCCUGCCCCCCCAAGCCCCCUCUCUACCGGCGGCGUCGCCUGUGCUCCCGGAGGGCCCAGAGGUGACUGCUGGGGUCCAGGGUGCAGGGCCACCGGCUGUCCCAGGCUGUGUGCCCCGCCAGAGUGUCAUCCGGAGCCUGUUCUACCAGCAGGCCGGGGAGGGCUCCGAGCAAGGGUGCCCGCCCUCCGCCGCAGGCAGCAGGAGGCAUCUGGCGCGGGCCAGGCGGCACCUGCUGAAGGGCGGCUACAUGGCAAGGGCGCUGCCCGGCCUGCGUGAGCCCCUGCUGGAGCACCGUGCGCUGGAGGAGGCGGCCGCCAGGGAGGAGCAGGCCGCCCUCCUGACCAAGGCGCCCUCCUUUGAGACAGCCCUGCGGCUGCCCAGCUCCACGGCCCGUGUGGCCCCCGGCCGCAGCCGCUCCCUGGACCAGGACUGGCCGCGCACCACCAGCCCCUUCCCUGAGGAGCCAGGGAAGUCGCCCGAGGAGGCGGGGAGGUCGCCCGAAGAGCCAGGAAGGUCCCCCGAGGAGCUGGGGAAGUCGCCCGAGGAGCCGGGAAAGUUGCCUGAAGAGCCGGGAAAGUCCAUCGAGGAGCCACGGACGGUUCCCAAGGAGCCGGGGAGGUCCCCCGAGGAGCCGGGGAGGUCCCCCAAGGAGCCGCGGAAGGCCCCCAAGGAGCCACGGAAGGCCCCCAAGGAGCCAGGGAGGUCCCCCAAGGAGCCGGGGAGGUCCCCCAAGGACUGCUUUGAGGGGCAGUGUCCUCACCCGGCGCCCUGGGGGCUCGGGGCCAUCUCAGAGGACAGCUCUGCACAGGGCCCAAGCCCCUCUCUGCUCGGGGAGCCCACGGCCACUCUGCACACUGGGGCCUGGACCCUGGGUGCCGGCUCCCCUGGCCAGGCAGCCACAGGCAUGGCCCCAGGCUCUGAGGGGUCCCUGCAGGGGUCGAGACUGUUUCCACCCACAGACGGCGACACAGCUCCAGGGGUCUCCCAGGAUAGCUCUCGGAAGCCGCCCACCCCUUCUCGUCACCGUGACUGGGGUUCUACCCCCCAGGAGGGCUGCGGCCCCCCUGCAGCUGCUGCACCACAACUUCCAGGCCCCAUCCCUCCAAGGUCUCACACACACGGCUCCCUGGGGCUAAGACGCCCCCCGCUCUCUGGGGAGCCCCGGGCCUCCCCCUCCCCAGCCCAAGCAAGCCCCCUGCCAGGCUCUAAGCGGGGGCCAGAGCCCAGCCCCUCCUGUUCUGUAGGGCAGGCCCUCCAGGAGGACCUGUCCCCCGAGAAGGCCGUGCCGCCCUCCCCAGAGGACAUGGAGCCUGCAGCCUCUCUGGAUGAUGACGACUUGUCCCAGGAGACCGCUCAGCAGCGCCCUCAGGAGCAGGCGACCACUCGGAAGUUCUCCUUGGAGUGCCAUGGGGGCUACGCGGGGGUGGCAGGCUAUGGGACCUUCGCCUUUGGUGGGGAUGCGGGAGGCAUGCUGGGGCAGGGCCCCCUGUGGGCCAAGAUGGCCUGGGCCCAGGGGUCUCAGUCCUGGGAUGAGCAGGAAGAAGCAGUAGCCGAGAGUCCACUGCUUUUGGCUGGCGCGGCCCCUGUGCCUGAGGGGAGAGGGCCUUCCCCCAGGGACUACCUGGAGCUUACCUCCUGGGAAGACUCUGGCCAGGGGUCUCAGGUCUCCCUGGUGCGGAUCAAGGACCUCUCGGGCGACGCAGAGGCAGCCGACACCCUGUCCCUGGACAUCUCCGAGGUAGAGCCGGCCUACCUCAAUCUCUCCGACCUAUAUGACAUCAAGUACCUCCCGUUUGAGUUCAUGAUCUUCAGGAAGGUCCCCAAGCCGUCUGUGGAGCAGGAGCCGCCCUCCCCACCGGAUGAAGCCCACGAGGGGCUGGCAGAGCUCCCGGAAGCGGCGUGGCCCUGGCCGGGCGAGCUGGGCCCUCCUGCCAGCCUGGCUCCGUGCCCUCGGGCUGGCUUGCAGAUCACGGAGGAGGAACCAGAGGACAUGGAGGCCCUGCUGGGGGAGGCCGGCCAGGGCGGGAGGCGGAAGGCAUCACCCUCCUCAAGAGGCUUCUUGCAGCUCUCCGGGGGCCGCCUGCCGCUGGAGGAGCCUCAGGAGCACAGCCUGCGCGAGAGGGUGAAGGCCUCGGUGGCUCACAUCUCCCGGAUCCUGACGGGCAGGGCGGAAGAUCCAGAGAAGGAGGGCUCCAGGAAGAAGCUGGGCCUGGCUUCCUUCCGGCUGAAGAGCAAGGACCGAGCCCCAUCAUUCCUAAAGGAGCUCUCAGACGAGACAGUGGUCCUGGGCCAGCCCGUGACGCUCGCCUGCCAGGUGUCAGCCCAGCCCGCCGCGCAAGCCACCUGGAGUAAAGAUGGCGCGCUCCUGGAGGGCAGCAGCCGACUUCUCAUCUCCUCCACGCUCAAGCACUUCCAGCUCCUGACCAUCCUGGCGGUGACCGCCGAGGACCUGGGCGUGUACACCUGCAGCGUCAGCAAUGCACUGGGCACGGCGACCACCACGGCGGUGCUCCGGAGGGCAGAGCUCCCCUCGUCCUCCCCACGCCCUGACAUUGGGGAGGUGUAUGCAGGCGGGGUGCUGCUGGUCUGGAAGCCCGUGGAGACGUGCAGCCCCGUGACCUACAUUGUGCAGUGCUGCCUGGAAGGUGGGAGCUGGAACACUCUGGCCUCCGACAUCUUUGACUGCUGCUACAUAAUCAGCCAGCUGCCGCGGGCGGGCGCGUACACCUUCCGGACGGCCUGCGUCAGCAAGGCGGGCAUGGGCCCCUACAGCAGCCCCUCGGAGCAGGUCCUUCUCGGAGGGCCCAGCCACGCGGUCUCUGAGGAGGAGAGCGGUCACACACUGCCAGCCCAGCCCCUCUCAAGCACACAGACCUUCGCCUUUCAGACACACAUCCGGAGGGGCCGCUUCAGCGUGGUGCGGCAAUGCCUGGAGAAGGGCAGCGGACGCCUGCUGGCAGCCAAGAUCGUCCCGUACCUGGCGGAGGACAAGACAGCCGUGCUAGGCGAGUAUGAGGCCCUCAAGGGCCUGCGCCACCCGCACCUGGUCCAGCUGCACGGUGCCUACCUCAGCCCGCGGCACCUGGUGCUCAUCCUGGAGCUGUGUUCCGGACCGGAGCUGCUUCCCUGCCUGGCAGAGAGAGCCUCCUACUCGGAAUCAGAGGUGAAGGACUACCUGUGGCAGACGCUGAGCGCCGCGCAGUACCUGCACUCCCAGCGCAUCCUGCACCUAGACCUCAGGUCCGAGAACCUGAUUGUCACCGAGUACAACCUGCUUAAGGUCCUCGACUUCGGCAACGCCCAGAGCCUCAGCCGGGAGAAGGUCCUGCCAUCGGAGAAGUUCAAGGAUUACAUGGAGACCAUGGCUCCAGAGCUCCUGGAGGGUCAGGGUGCAGUCCCGCAGACCGAUGUGUGGGCCAUCGGAGUGACGGCCUUCAUCAUGCUGAGCGCGGACUACCCCGUGAGCAGCGAGGGGGCACGUGACGUGCAGAAAGCCCUGCGCAAGGGGCUCAUCCGGCUGAGCCGCUGCUACGCGGGGCUGUCGGGGGGCGCCGUGGCCUUCCUCCGGAGCACGCUGUGCGCCAACCCCUGGGCCCGGCCCUGCGCCUCCAGCUGCCUGCGCUGCCCGUGGCUGACCGAGGAGGGGCCGGCCAACUCCAGGCCCACGGCCGUGACCUUCCCCACGGCGCGCCUGCGCGCCUUCGUGCAAGAGCGCGAGAAGAGGCGGGCGCUGCUGUACAAGAAGCACAACCUGGCGCAGGUCCGCUGA